GCACGGAGCCACCGCCGGCUUUCCGGAGUGAGCGGCGGCCCCCACCUGCCUGUGGACUGACCCCUGAAAGGUCGCUGGACCAUGUGGGAUGGAGACCGGCCCGCCAGGGACCAGCCUGCUCCAGGCCCCCCUGGCACCCCCAGCGGGCAGGCCUCACCUCGCCUGACCCUGGGCCCCAUCCUUCUGCCUGGGGAGCAGGGCCUGGCCCCUGCCAUGCUCCUGAAGGCUCUGCCCAUCCCACUCUACCACAUGGUGUCCCCAGGGGCCCCUCAGCCUCGAGCAGCCCUGGGGCCCAGCGGCCUGGACGGGGCCAGCCUGCCCUUCAUCCUCAGCCCUCUGCUGCGGCCGGAGGGGCCUGGGCCAGUGCAGGUGGGGAAGGCACCAGCCCCGGUGCUGACGGUGAGCUUGGUCGGGGCCCUGCCGGUGCUGUCACCUGGACCAGGGCCCUCGCUUGGCAGCCCUGGCAGGGUGCGGAGCGCAGGCCGGUACCUGUGUCCACACUGUGGCCGUGACUGCCUGAAGCCCAGUGUCCUGGAGAAGCACAUCCGGUCGCACACGGGCGAGCGCCCCUUCCCCUGUGCUACCUGCGGCAUCGCCUUCAAGACGCAGAGCAACCUGUACAAGCACCGGCGCACCCAGACGCACCUCAACAACGCGCGCCGCCCCUCCGAGUCGGAUGAGGCCGACCGGGCCGAUAGCCAGGACCCCAAAUCGGGACGCGCGUCUGCCGACGGGGAGGCGCUGCGGAAGCUGCCAGAUGAGCAGUCCCCGACGGCCAGCGCGCCCUGUCCCCUGCAGCGGCAGCAGGCCAGCACCCGGGAGAAGGGCUGGGAGGGCCGCCUGCGCAAGUGCGAGAGCUCGGACUCCGGCUACCUGUCCCGCUCGGACAGCGCCGAGCAGCCCCCCGCGCCCACCAGCCCCCUGCGCAGCCAGUCUGAGGCGGGGUCUUCCGAGGCGGGGUCUUCCGAGCCGGGGCCCGCGGGCGAGCUGGGGAAGAGGCAGCUGGAGGAGCGCAUCGCCCGGCUCAUCUCGCACAACCAGGCGGUGAUGGACGACGCGCAGCUGGACACGGUGCGGCCGCGCAAGACCGUGCUGUCCAAGCAGGGCAGCAUCGACCUGCCCAUGCCCUACACCUACCGGGACUCCUUCCACUUCGACAUGCGCGCGCUGGAGCCCGGCCGCAGGCGCCUGGGCCCCCUUGGACCCGCCGGGGCCCCCUGCACCCCGCCCGACAAAGCUAGACCCCUGUCCUUCCACUCUGUGCCCACCCAGCUCUCCACCACUGCGCAGUGCGUGUCUGUCACCAGGAGCAACUCACUGCCCUUCCUCGAGGGCACCCACACAUGGCGGGAGUGGGCACCUGACCCCCAGGAGGCAGGCCCCCACAGGCAGCGCCUGGGUGGCCCCAGGCCCUCCCCUGCUCGCCUGGACCGCAGCGCGGGUCCAGUCUUGUCGGCUGUCCCCAGCAGUCACCACCGCGCCCUGGUCCGGCAGGCUGCCGUGGAGGACCUGCCCGGCAUGCCCUCAGGGGAGACCACAGUCCCUACAGAGGUCCCCCCGAGGUCCACCGCAGGAGACGGGGCAGUCAGCAGGGGCCGGGCGACCGGGAAGAGACUUGGGCAGCGGAGGCUGAAGCUCUUCUCCCAGGAGAAGUGGCAGGUGUACGGGGAUGAGACCUUCCGAAGAAUCUACCGGAAAGGCAAAGCUGGGCACUGCAGAGGACAGCAGGCUGGGGAGGACCCCUCAGCCCAGGCAGAGCCUGCUCGGGCAGAGACCUCGAGGACCCCCGUGGGUGGGGACACGAAGACCACCCUGUGUGGGGACACGAAGACUCCAGGUUGUGGAGACAUGAGGACCCCGGUCAGUGCGGAUGUUGUCUCUCCCGCAGACGUGACUUCUGGGUCUGAGCUGGGGCCCCAGGGGGGCCGGGGGGCCGAGUCCUGCAGGGCCCCAUCAGGAGGCCACGAGGAACACAGGCACAUACCUCCUCAGGCUACCUCAGGGAGACCCCCCCUUGGAGCUGCCAGCCAAGACGAGGAGUGGACAAGGUCCUCUCUGCAGCAGAGGGCGGCCUGA